CAAAGGUUGAAGGGAAGACGAAAGGAAUCAUGUUUGUCCAAGCGUAUCUUCUUGCCGGGGCAGUGAUUUUAGUAUCUGCACAGCAACAAGGGUCAUUGGACAGAACAAGAAAUGACUUAUUUGACUCCACGGGUGUAUCGAUCGGAAGCGGGAGUGAUGUGUUGGAUCCAUACAGAAGGUCAGAUAGAGACAUCGGGAUGCCAUACUCUGAUCCAUACAUGACCAAUCGUCGUGGUUUGGAAAAUAGACAAGGAAUUACCGGACAACUUGACAGACCUCUAUUGUCCAGAUUGGACGGACUUAAUGGUUUGCUUGGAAGAAAUCAAAUGACAAGAUUCGACCCUUACAACCUGGGUGAUGGGAUGAUGACAACUUCUGAUUCUCGAACAUUUGGAUUCGAUAGGGAUGGCAUGGACAGACAAAGAAUGUUUUCAGGUGGAUCUCGUAGAAACCUAGGCAAUUCAAGAAUCCCACGUUAUGAUCCGGAUGUAUUUGAUCGAAACCAAAGAGAUGGCAUGGCCGAUAGGUUUCUAAGAGGGAACCGUCUUUCUGAUUCAUCUGGACAACUAACUGGUUCAACAACUGAUAAUGGUGACUUUCUGUCAGAGUUCCUUCGUGGAAGACCAUUUCGUGGCGACAGUUCUCUUUUGGACUUAAAUGUAUUGUCAUCAGAGACAAACCUUAAUGAUCUUCGUGGAUCGCGUUCUCGAAGGCCCUCUGGAUUGCUUUCUCAAACAACAUCUUCCUUGCUUCCUGGUAUGAUAACUGAAAACCUUCCUUUAGAUCUGCUCAGAGGUGACAGUCUUCUAGACCUUAAUUUACUGUCAAGAAAAACAAACAUAAAUGACUUUGGUAGACCUCGUCCUCGAAUGCCUCCUCAAACAAUGUCAUCUAUGGGUUCGGAUAGGCGCUCUUUAAACAGCUUUGAUGACAGAUUUCAAAAUAACAGAAACCGGUUUAUGGAUGGUCUGACUGGUUUUCCACGCAGAAGGGAGGAUGGAAUUCGAAGAUCAACACAAUUCAUGAAUUCAAUGAAUAUGCCUAGAAGAGGAUUCGAUAUGAUGAGAUCAAUGCCUCGCAUGGGAAACAACAUGGACAUGAUGAGAUCAUCAGGGAUGAGACAGAAUCGGGGACGUUUCACAGAUCAGAUGAGAGGAAGAAACACGGAUGGAAUGAUGCAGAACAAUGGUCCUAGAUUCCAAUCUACAGGUACCCAAGACAGAACUAUGACUCAAAGACCAGCUGACAAUAACCAGAUGGAUGGCACUAUGACAUCAGGCACAGAAACUGGAGGAAUUCUUAAUGUGAUUUAGAUCAGAUAUUCUUUUAAUAAAUUUUAAAAACUCUCA